CUCAAGGUUAUCCGAAUGGGAGAGAAAAUGAUUCACCAUUUGAAUGGAAAACAACAUGACACUCACAACAAUGAAUUCCAAUCUCAGUGUUUUCUUUUAAUUCUCUUCAUCCCGAUUAAGAUAAUCAUCUAAUCAUCAACUAUGAAUCUCUUAAUGAACAAUUAAUUCCAGUGAUCAUUGUAAUUAUGAUUAGAUUGGUUCAACAAUUUUCUAAAAUUAAAGUGAUCAAAUUUGUUUCUCUUUCUCAACAACAACAACAACAAAUCUCAAAGUGAAAAUGAGGUAUAGAAGAUUAACUCAACGACGAUUAUGUUUAAUUGCUGGUUUAAGUUUAUUAUUUAUUAUCUCUUAUGAAGGUGGAUUGUUUGUUCAUCUAUUUGAAUUGGGUAUUACAACAUUUAACUAUCCAUUGAUGGUGAACAAUUUACAGGAGAUCAUUGAUUCACAUUUAAAUGGUGGUGAUCCAAAUAGUCUUGCUUUUAAAGGUCAAUCAGUGAAACCAAUCAAUGGUUAUAAUUUUAGCUUUUUAAUUGCUAACGAGGAUAAAUGCCGAUCAUUAGGUAAUGGUGGAGAUGGAGAUGAUACCGCUGGUGAAGAUGAUGAUGGUGAAGGUGGUUAUGGUAAUAAUGGUGAGACUGAGAAUGGUAACCCUGAGGCGAUAAAUGGUUUGAUUAACAAAGACAAUAGACUGAAAAGAACCAAAUCAAUUUAUGAGAAAAUUACUCUGGUGUUUAUGAUUAAAAGUGCUCUUGGUAAUCGUGAUUCUCGUGAUGCGAUUAGGCAAACAUGGGGACGAGAGGACAGAUUUUCGGAUGUCCCUUUGAGACGGAUCUUUGUUGUCGGUAAUUGUGAAGGAUCAGCUACACCCGAAUCAGCUGAUGAAUGUGAUAAAUUGAUUGGUAAUGAAUCGAGGGAAUUUGGUGACCUGGUACAAGCCGAUUUUAUUGACACUUAUUUUAACAAUACGAUUAAAACAAUGAUGGCAAUGAAAUGGGUUGUAACUAAUUGUCCACGAACAUCAUUUGUCCUCUUUGUAGAUGACGAUUUUUACAUAUCACCAAGAAAUUUGCUACGAUUUGUCCGUCGACCAUUUUAUGAUCCAGAUGAUCUAGAAUCAAGGCAUUCGAUUCCGUCCCGAUUUAUACCCAAAGAUGGUCGACUCUAUGCUGGAUUCGUUUUCGGUAAAUCGGCACCAAUGCGACAUAAACUGUCCAAAUGGUACAUUUCCCUUGAAGAUUAUCCAUAUGCAAGGUAUCCACCCUAUGUGACCGCUGGAGCUUUUGUUUUGUCCAUUCGAACGGUCAAGGAAAUGUACUAUGCGAGUUUAUAUACGAAACAUUUUAAAUUUGAUGACAUUUAUGUCGGAAUUUUGGCCAAAAAGUUGAACCUCGAACCUUUUCACAAUAAAAACUUCCAUUAUUGGAGGAAAAGUUAUGACCCCUUAGGCUAUGGACGAGUAAUCGCUUCUCAUGGAUUCAAUGAUCAAAGUGAAUUGAUUAAAGUUUUCCUGGAACAGAAAAGUCUAGGACAUGCUUAAUUGUGUGAGAACAAUCAAAAAAGGAUAAACAUAUACAAUAUUGUACAAACAUUUUAAAUCAAUGGGUUUCCAAUCAACAUCAACAGUAAUUUAAAUCCACUAAUGAUUUCAAGACAUUUUCCAAAAUAAUCAAUACUCAUCAAAUUGAUUAGAAUCAAUUUCUAGUUAACACUCAAUGUUAAUUAAAAUCUCUGUUUUCAUAAUAUUUAUGAACCUUAGACCAUCAAACAAUCAACUCAAUUAACUGGAAACAUUUGAUUUUCCUAUCAAGAUCUGUUUCCUCUUUGCUUAAUAAAAUCUUUGUAAAUUAUUAAUAGAAACAAUUAACAUGUAAAAAUAGUUAAUUUUGGUACCGAAACAAUUGUAAAUUUUGAAACCACAAACGACAAAUAUAAUUGUGAUUGUAUGAAA